GAAGGAAGCAGCAGCAGCAGUGCAAACUUGUUUAACCUACAUAAUGUUUAGGAGAAAGUAAAUAACAUUUGUGUUAAAUAAUGAUGAUGUGGGGCUCCAGGUGGUUUCUCUCGUCGGUCGCACAGAAAGCUCGGUGUGCGGGACAGCUGGGGCUCCUCCGCCGCCAACGGAUCGGCUCCAUCCCUGAGCUGGAGCCGGGGUACCUCCAGUGCACCUCCUGCUGGUGGGGUCGCGUUCCCGUGGCGGGCUUUGAGACUUUAAACGCCGCUCUCACCUCUUCCACCUCGAAGCCCCGUAAAGAGGACGGUAGCAUGACGCUGGACGUCUGCUACACCCCCGAACAGAGAGUCACCAUCCUCCAGCUCCUGAACACCGCCUCCCCGGCGGAGCUGGCCGCCGUCAAGCUGCUCAGAGGCCGCAAGGCGCUCAACAUCGUGGAGUAUAGAAGCAAGAACGGCCCGUUUAAUACUCUGGAGAGUGUGGUGAACGUGCCGCGGCUGAAACACAAGAGCGCCGUCAUAGUUUUCAACUCCAUCAUAAACCUGGUGAAGAAGGAGAGGAAGGUCAGGGUGCAGCUGGCAAAGUUCACCAGGCCGGAAGUGGACAGGUCCUGGUUAGAGGAUGCCGCCUCCAUCGUGUCAAUAAUAUGUGGUACUAAUAAAGUCGCCUGGGCGCACAUGGACCGUGGGAUGACCGUAUUAGACUGGCAAGAGCAGAACUGUCCUAAUUUCCUGAAUGGAACAUAUCUGGCAUCUGCUUAUUUAAAUGACGUUUCCUCAGUGGUGUCCUUCCUCCCAUCAGCAGACUUCUACGUGAUAGAGAAACCCUCUAUCUCAGUGCAGAACACGGCUCUGUUCCCCAUCAUGGCUCAUAUGAGGGUGGUGGAGGCCAUGUUGUUUGCCCUGCUGGAGCCUAGAGUCUCCCCUCCAGAAAUGAAUGCUCCUCCCAGGGUGCUGAACAUGAUGAGGUUCUCCGUAGGACGCCACUUUGGGCUGAUGGUGGGCGAGUCUCGGACCAGCGGGGCUCAGACCGUCAGACAGAUGAUGACUGAAUCUGCGACGCAAAAGUUUUCCAGGGUCUGUUUUCCCCUGGAGCUGCUGGUCCGGUACAGGAACCACUUCCAGAUGGGCAGCAGGAGAGAAGGGGAGGAGUUGUGUGACGCGCUGCUGCAGGCCGUGGCUUUCUAUGAGCUCCUCGGCGAAUCGUCCUCUUAGCAGAUUCAGUCAUGUCUGCUGGACUCUACAAACUCUACCUGAGGAUUUUCUCCCCGGAUCGCCGCGGCAACCCACACCAGCACCCGGACAGUUGAAGCACCUCACCAGGGUUCAUCAGAUAUUUUAUUUACAUUUCACGUUUUCACAUUUAUUUGAAUAAAAACACAAAUUAACUCAGGAGAAACAAGCUGGAGGCAGAAACCAGCUUCACGAAUCCUUCCGGGGUUUUCUCAGAGUAACGUCCUGAGCCAGGAGUCGUAGCGUUGACUUUGGGAGACUCGGGUGGCUCCGCCUCCUGAUGCGAGACCAAUCAAAAACCGUUAGAUAUAAAAAUACACUCAGAACUCCGGUUGAGCUUAUUUAACACCUUAAAUGAAAAAAGCGAGAUGUUUUAUUUCAUGUCCGCUUGUGAUGGAUUUUACUGUGAAGCAGAAGCAUCAGACUCACCCCUCCCCCGUUUCCCCUCGCUGGUUGACGCGGAGCUUAUGACAGAAGGAGCGGAGGACGGGCAUGUAGUCCACACACACGGCCCGUCUGUUCCCCAGCAGGCUGAAGGGCGCACUGCUGAGCACCAGCUGGCUGACUCUGGAUCUGCUGUCAGACUCACUAAUGGGAAAAGCACAAGAACAACCUGGUGACAACCUGGUCGACUCCCCUAAACGCCCGCAGCCUGGGGCACAGCAGCCAGAGUCUACUUCACAAACGUAUCUCUUUCUGCAUUGUUGGAUUUCUCUUUACAAAUACCCUACUAUCAUUUUAAUCAUCAGAUAAGACCCAAGGUCCAAGAGAACAAAAUCAUUCUGCCUUUUAGUUUGAAAUGUGGAACUUUUAGGAACUGAUCAGAAACCAGGAAAUGUCUAUCUGGUUUAUUAGCUCUCAUAUAAUAAACCUGCUUAUUGUUGCUUUAUGAGACACAAUAUUAAUACAACUUAGAAAUAUAAAAAUCUAAACUUAAGAAAGGUGCUUUUAAUCAUUUUAGGUGUGCGCUGUCUUUAGGGUGAGGUGGACGGCUGCUUAUACAGAGACAGGAUCCUCUGGAGGUUUCUUCCUGUUAACUCGUUCACUGCCAUUGACGACUAAAGUCGUCAUUUGCAUUUUUUUUUUUUACUGUUUGAGCAUCGGAACGAGCCCCCGCGCUGAGAGAACAAACACCUCAGCCCUGAAGCCGAUCUUCAUCCGCGUACGUCACAGAUCACAUGAUCAGGAAGCAACACAUCCAUGUGUUAGGAGAUCGUUUUGGGCCGUUCCUGUAAAAAAAGUGAGGUGCGAACCGGAAAAGCGUCUGCCAAUCGCAAUCCGACAACGGAUUAUGAAAGAACGGAUAACGCUCGAAACACGCGGCUUCUUCCUGAUGUAAGAGGUGAGUCUCCGCUUUGUUUUGGUUGUUUUGGCAUUGACGUCAUGCUAGCGCGCAACGUUCUGUGACUUAAAAAAACUGUAAAAACAGUGAGAAACGCUGGCAGUGAAGGCCGUUAGCGAUCAGGAAACGGCUGGCAGUGAGUGAGUUAAAAGGGCGUUUUACUCUCCACUGUCGCCGCAUGCUUGCUUAGUGUGACGUAGGGCUGGGCAAUAAAUCGAAAAUUUAUCGUUAUCGCAAUUUCUGACUUAUCGAGAUCAUUUUUCCCAUGUCAAUAAAUUUAAUAAUUAAAAAAAAUGAAAAGA